AUGUCGCCUCCCGGGAUGCUCUACGUUACCAUGCAGCCGAAAUACGGCCUGCCACCUGCCCAGUUUCAUGAAUGGUACAACAACGAACACGGCCCAACUCGAUUGCGGUUACCCCAAAUCUUCUCGAACGGCUUGCGAUACCAAGCGACAGAUGGCAAAGAGCCAGCCUACCUCGCUGCCUACGAUGUCACGUCCAUGGCCCAAUUGGAGACAGAAACUUACUUGACACUCCGGGCCAAUCGAUCACCACGCGAAGCCAGCACAAUCAGCCAGGUCGACGUGAAGAGGUACUUCUGGGACUUGGUCGCCAAGAAACAAUCACCGCUAUUCCUUCCCAUUGAACAAUUGAGCGACGAGCAAGCCGAAGGCAUCGUUCUGGUCGCGGUGGAGCUUGGUCUCAAGGAACACCCCAACUCAGAGCAGGAAAUCCAGAAGUGGUACGAGGAAGAACAUUUCGAUAUGCUGUCAAAGGUCCCGGGGUGGCUGCGAUCGCGUCUCUUGAAAAUAUCCAGCCUGGAGACCGGGGUGCCGACGACGUUCAUCUCGCUACACGAGUACGCGAAAGAAAAUGGAAUUGGGGGAGAACAGCAUAAAGCUGCCAUGUCAACGGCACGGCACGACGAGAUCUUGGCUAGAUAUGGGACCCCAAAGGAUCGCAGAACAUACUCUCUGUUCUAUGUAUUUGGUCCCGGGCCAAGAGAUUUAUCCUCAUUAUCACAAUUACCAACUGCCGCCUCCACUUUCACGUCGGCGGAUGCAAAGACGACCACCACAAACGAAUUUGGACCGGUGAUAAAGUCAUACGUCACUGCACCGGACGGACUGUCCAUCCCUUAUCAGCUUGAAGGAAACCCAGAUCCCAACGCACCGACCAUUGCAUUUUGCAACUCUCUGUUGACCUCACUACACAUGUGGGAUCCAUUUGUGGAGAUACUCAGAGCCAAGCGGCCGAAAUACCGUAUCCUUCGCUACGACACUCGAGGUCGGAACUCCGUCCCUUCGCCUCCUGUCCCGUCUACCCUGGACACCGUGGCAGAUGACCUAAGCCAUCUCCUGGAGGCCCUACGCAUCCCGAAGCUCGAUACUCUGUUAGGCGUCUCCAUGGGCGGAGCCACGACACUAAAGUUCGCCUUGAAGUACCCCGCCAAACUCGAAAAGUUCAUCGCGUGCGACUUCAACGCCGUGUCAAGUCCCGCCAACACUCAAGCCUGGAAGGACCGCAUUACCGUAGCUGAGACGCCCCUCGAAGACGGAGCGCCGGGCAUCACAAAGCUGGCAGGUGUGACUGUAGAGCGAUGGUUUCACCCUGCCACGAUGAAGAAGACGGACGUUGUGCAGUGGAUGACCGACAUGGUGGCGGCCAAUGAUAUUGAGGGGUUCAGGUAUGGGUGUCAGGCUCUUUGGGACUAUGAUAUGAAAGACCAGAUGAACGAUUGCAAGGUGGCUGGUCUGUUCGUUGUGGGCGAGGGUGAUGGAAAGGGAGCGCUGGUGAAGGCUAUGGAUGGGUUCAGGGCCUUGCUUGGUCAAAAGGGUGCACAUCUUGCAAUUGUCCCUGAAGCGGGGCAUCUCCCUAUGUGUGAGGCUCCUGGAGCCUUUUGGGAGGCAGUGCAGGAUUCUUUGUAG